AUGGUUAGGGUUAUCCUUGCGGUAGCGGGCUUCGUUGCCGUCGCGCUUGCCCAGCAGUCGACAUAUACUGGCCCACUUUUCGACGAAGAUACUGCGCCUUACUUUGGUAGUUCUGGUCUUGUGUUCCCUACGAGUGCUGAUGGUACACCUGCGUUUCCGAGCGCACCAACUAUCACUCCGUCAGCCAGCUCUUCGACAAUCCCCACUCCCAUUUCCGGCUCCAUAUCCAGCACCAUUUCUAGCGCCGUUUCCAGCUCCAUGCUCAGCUCUAUUCCCAGCCCUAUACUCAGCUCUACACUUUCGAUGGCUGUCCCGCAUAAUUCCACUAUUUCGUCUUCCGCAACCACUUUGAGCGCCUCAACCAUUUCAAGCCCAGCAACCACUUUGAGCUCUUCAUCUCGUUCGUCUACAUCUGACAGCGUGUCACGUACUUCGAGCUCUACGACUGAAGAUGCCACUACAAGUAGGCUGACUCCUUCUUCGACUUCGAUAGGUGCGGCCGCUACCAACUUUCCGGAGGCUCUUGGGAUCAUGGUUGGAGGUCUCGUGGCUGGUCUGGCCAUGCUUUAG